AUGUCUAUUCAAGGAAUUUUCAUUGCCACUGAGGGUUCAGCACCCAUGCAAUCAUUGGAGGAAGCCAUACUGAUUGAAGGAUGUGGGAUUGAAGGCGAUCGCUAUUGUUCCUCCACUGGGACGUACUCUUGUCUGAGAGGAUCCAGUUUGCGAAAAGGAGAAAAAGAAGCUGGUCGACAAAUCACUUUGAUAUCAGCUGAUUCUGUCAAUAGCACUCUUCGGGAACAAGGUAUGACAUGCCCAGACAUUGGCAAUUUGCGACGAAAUGUUGUCCUCCAAGGAAUAUCAGGAGAGGAGCUGCUUCGUUCAAUUGGACAUGUUAUUCGACUAGGGGACAACUGUCAAGUAGUAGCACAUCGGAAUUGCGUACCAUGCAUGUACAAUGAACGCAAAAAUAAUAUCCCAGGGCUAAUGGAGGCGAUUUUUGACGUGGCCGGUGUCUCCUGUGAAGUCUUGGUAGGCGGACAAAUUCAAACAGGCAACACUGUCAAAGUCUUGUGGGAUGAGAAGAGAGAGAUUGAUGGCGGUCUUCAAUCGUCAGGAUUCUUUGUCCGACCCAAAGAGCGAACAGCAGCAAUGGUCAAGGAGGGAAUAGCCGGGAAACGGGAGGCAAAGGAAGCAUUGAUGAAAACAGACCCAGAAGGUGUUGAACGUUUAGAAAGAUCUUACAAUUCAGUGGGGAUAAAGUUUUGGCCUGCAGACAAGGAGUAA